AUGAAUAAUUAUUCUAUUUUACUCAAAUUAUUUAAGAUAUUCGUUACUCUUAUUUUAUUCAAGUUAUUCAUGAAUUAUUCAUGAAUAACUCGAAUAACUUGAAUAAUCCUUUGACACACUGCUCGCAUCAGACGUUCACGCUCUUCCCCAAGCUAGCCACUAAAAUAUUUCUGAAAAUCUGGAACUAUUCUCAGCCAGUAGCUUCAGUCGUCGAGCUGAUUUGUAAACCCUGCUGCGGACGAUCUUCUAUUUCCCAGCUACCGGCCCAAGUCCUUCUGCAUGUCUGUCGAAAAUCCCGUGUUGAGACUUUGAAGAUUUACCGGCUAGCGUUGCGUGGCUCAGAUCAUCCAACACCGGAGCAAUGGGAUGCGGACUAUCGCCGACCAAUAUACAUUAAUCCGACCCUCGACGCCCUGUUCAUUCGAUGGUUCGGUUACUCAUUCUUCCUGGAAGAGCUGACUGAAGCGUUUCAUGACGACUUGUUGAGAAUUCUGAAUAAUCUGGCCCCGGAUACCAAGUAUAUGAAGGAUGCUUUGGUGUUCAAAAGUGGCACUGCGCUCGAUCCCCUGAAGUUUUUCCACAGUCUUGGCCACGUCAGUACGCAGUUGGGGACAGUCGGUUGAAAGUGCCAUUUACUUUCACUCCCCCAUAUGGUAUUGAACAACGAAGACGGCCACGCCUACCAGCACCUGCGGAGGUCAGAAUUUCCCUGUACUUACCAGAACAUCGCGACUUCGCUGAAGGACCUGGCUGCGUGCCAGGAGAUCGGCACCCAGAGCUUCAGCCGGGC